AUGCCGCGUAAAUCUGACAUGAGCACCAUUGUUAUAGGUGAUUCAACCAAUGAUGUCGAUGAAACAUGCGUCGCUGAAACAACAGAGCUUUCUGAACGAGAAGAUUCCAAUAAGACCCCAAGAAUCGCUACGCGGCUUAAAUUCCGAAAAGAUUCCAUGCAGGAGCUCAUACUACUCAGAGCACUUGCGUUGCAUCAACCUUUCCGUGCCCCUCACGGACAGCACACCUGGGAUCGGCUGCAGGAAGAGCAGAAGAAGUACGAGGCAUACAUUAAAUCAGCUACAGGCAUAUCACCCGAUGAAACAGAAAGGAGGAGGCUGCUAGAAGAGCUCUGUGAAGGAAAGCAAGCAGCCGAUGACGCUAUUCUAGAAGAAGAUAUGAAUCAGAGUCGGAUACCAGCUCUGCCUCAACAAAAACAACGAGACCUUCUUGCGUUGCAAGUGGAACUUAUGAAAGAGGGCAUGAGAGAACGUAAAGAACGAGCAGCUCGGAAGCUUGAGCUCGAGAAAAGGCGCCUUGAGAUCAAAGAGGAAUAUAACAGAAAGAGGCUGAAAAUGGAUCAAGAGCGUGAAUUGAGACAGGCAGAAGCAGAGGAGCGGAGAUAUAGAGAAACUUUGCAAGUACUAAAGCAGUCAACGUUGACAAGUCAGGUUUUGGCAGAGGUGCUAAAAAAGGUUCAAGAAAGUAAUAGUCUCCAGUCUUCGAACCGUUGUAACAAGUGUGAAGAUUGGUUAAAAAAACUGCUACUCGAAAGUGGAGGGUAAUUGGUGUCAUCAAAAUGCGUUGGGUAGACGAAAAUUCCAGAUUGGAAAAGUAGCGAGACUGUUCCUAUUGCACAUUCUACAGCUACCCGAUGUUGUGUCAUAUUGCGAUUGAAAGCUCUUUCUCGUCUCGACGUCCCUUCAUGAGCAGGGUAUGGUUCCAGGUAAUGAGGGCCUAGUUGGUACGCCGAGUCGCCAUAGACAGUAAGCCUAAGUCCUUCAGAAGUAAAUACAUGUUGCCUGAGGAGCUCCAUCAAUCUUGAUUGUCUGCACAUCGUCAAAUCAUGUGUCUUCCCUAGUGGUGCAGGGCCUACGUGGAUGAUGAUACCGUCUGGAACCACUAGAACCUGAUAUUUGU